GGCCGCGAUCGUGAGAGUGCAGUAAGGGUUGUAUGAUUUUUGGCAUAUAUCGCCAGUUACGCCGUUUGGAGCUGUUGUCAUUGCUAUUCAGUAUUUUCGGUUUUCUUCGAGAUCCUUAGUGUGUACCGCGUUGUUGCGAUGGACUUUGUGGUAGAUCCUUGUCAAGCCCUUUUUGCUACGGAAGAAGAAUUGAUUUGUUACCGACGAAAAUAUCCACUGUUAAUAUCCAUAUAACGCUGAUUAUACUUCGACUACUCUAUAACAAGAUUGAAUUUUAAAGAUGACAGCAGGCACAAGUUUGGUAGUACCCAUAGUUCUAUGGGGUCGUAUAGCUCCAACUCAUUGCAUUUCUUGUAUUUACCUAUCUCGAGAUCAGAAAACAUUGGUAACAGGAUGUUAUGAUGGCCAGAUAUGCUUGUGGCAAGUCGACCCAGAAACAUUAAAGAUGACACCAAGAUGUUUACUUGUUGGUCACACUGCUCCAAUCAUGUGCCUCAGUCGAGCAAGUGUUAUCAUGGAACAGAAUUAUAUUGUUAGUAGCAGUGAAAGCGGAGAGAUGUGUACAUGGGAUUUAGUUGAUGGGAAAUGCAGAGAAGCUGUGAAACUUAGCAGUGUUCAUACACAAAUGUUGCCUUAUGUCUCUGCCGGUGGAGAAGAUGUCAGACUUUUCUGUUCUGGGUACUACCCCGAAGUUUUAGUGAUGGACCCUUUUAGUUUGGAAGUUUUAUUCACCUUGAGUUCACGUGUUAACCCAGAUUGGAUCAGUGCAUUGCACGUUUUGCGGCCGGCCAAACGGAAAGGUCGGUUCUACGUGCAUACAAACGACGUCGUGCUGGCCUUAACGACAACUGGUACGGUUAAGGUGUGGACGCUUCUUGGACACGAGAAUCGCAACAGCGAACCCCUUUACGAACAUGAAAGUAAACAGAUACAGUGUCUUAACGCGCUUGCGAUGACCUGCUGCCCAUACAAUCAGAGGACUGUAUUAAUUGUGUGUUCGAAAGAUUGGCAGAUAUACGAUGCUGGUGAUUUCUCUGUCCUAUGUUCAAUUUCGGCUCCUCGUGGUGAACGUUGGAUGGCUGGAGACUUUCUAGCUGCGGAUAGGGUCAUAUUAUGGAGCGAUGAGGGUCGCGGUUACCUGUAUAAAUUACCAGCUAAGGUUCUGGUACACCUUGGCAGCAAGCUGAAGGGCAAGGCUCUCAGCAGCAGCGUUGCAGACAAUAAAAAUUUUCAUACUGCAAGUGUCGAGUAUGACCAACCUUACUUAUACUGCACUUUAACGCAACCUGGGGAUAAGCCCUUAUCGUGUCCACCGGCAAUGCGAUUAGUUACAGUUCAAAGACAGAGUAAAACAGUGAAAUAUUUAUUACGUGGUGAUAGCGAAGGUGUUGUUAUUCUUUGGACAGUACCAGAAGUAACAACUCAACAAUUAGCUCAAAUCUCUCAAAAUGAUCGCUUUGCAUCACUUUCGUUGGCCCCGUCGGUAAAAACAAGUCUCACAGUUGCUUGGAAAGAGAUGAAACCACCGCCAGUUGGAAUAUUAGAUCAAUUAGAUAGUGGAGACGGGCAUGGUAUAAAGCUAACAGCUAGCAUAUAUUUACCGCAACAAAGUCGGUUAGUUGUUGGUCGUGAAGAUGGCAGUAUUAUAAUUGUUCCUGCAUCGCAAACAGUUAUGCUUCAAUUGCUUCAUGGCAAUCAUCAACAGUAUGAUGAUUGGCCUCCACACCAAGUACUUGUAGGUCACUCUGGUCGAGUGAAUUGUCUUUUAUAUCCACACGGAGCUGCAUCGCGUUAUGAUCGGGUACACCUUGUCUCUGGUUCUGUUGAUUUUGCUGUAUGCUUGUGGGACCUGUACGCUGGUACGUUAAUUCAUAGGUUCUGUGUCCAUGCCGGUGAAAUUACACAAUUGAUGGUGCCGCCUGAUAAUUGCAGUCCUAGAAUACAAAAGUGCGUUUGUAGUGUUGCAUCGGAUCAUAGUGUUACGUUAUUAUCGCUAGCGGAGAGAAAGUGCGUUGUUCUUGCUUCUCGACACCUGUUUCCAGUUGUUACGAUAAAGUGGCGACCACUGGAUGAUUUUAUGAUAGUGGGAUGUUCAGAUGGGGCCGUGUAUGUAUGGCAAAUGGAGACCGGUCACCUAGAUCGCGUAUUACACGGUAUUAUUGCAGAGGAGGUACUCUACGCCUGUGACGAAAAUACAAUGGCUGCAGCUGGUGGAUCAGCUGCGGGUGGUGAAUUAGGCUUAGCCAAUCCUGCUGUGCAUUUCUUUAGAGGCUUAAGGCAUAGGAACCUAUCUGCUAUACGACACGCGACACAACGAGGGUUGCAUCAGUUACAACAGCUUCACGGCGGGCAUGGACCAGACCACGGAAGUCAGAUAAAAGCAAAAGGCGCACCAUUACUGAUACAAGGCUUCAGAAGUAAUCCCAAAGAUCCAGAAAGUCACAUUUUAUUUUUUGACAUAGAAGCUUUAAUAGUACAAUUACUUAGUGAUGAGUAUGGAGCAAUGUCACCUGGUUCAUUGGAAGCACAAGGCCUAAUUUCAGCGUCAGAAUAUCAAAAGGUUGCAGCGCUUACACAAUCUGCCAGUCCAGAUGCUCACAAGAAAAUUGCAGACUUUUUUGGUCGUGUCAAGGAUAAGGCAGGCGACGUUGAACGAAUAUUAAAGGAAAAGGAUCGUCACGGUAUAUUGGCUAAAAUGAAGGAGGGUGCAGAAAACGUACACACUAAAAUUCAGGCCAAGGUGGAAAGCGUUGGCCUCAAGCCGUCGACUCUUGACGGCAAAGGUGAAAAUUGGAAUAGUAGUGAUGCUGCGAAAAACAAUCUAAAACGAAAUGGGGCUUUCAGUGAACCAAAUGCAACUAUGGAAGUUGCUCAGCUUAUAUUAAGCUUAUUGCAUGCCUGGGGUUUAGAUCCAGACUUGGACCGUGUUUGUGAAGGAAAAUUAGGUCUGCUAAGACCCAUGGUUCCAGUUUCAUUUGGAGUAUUAUCUAAAGGAGGUUACAUGUCAUUAUUAUUACCAACUUGGCAAAUGCAAUUGGAACCGGGUGGUGAACCAACAACUCAAUUAGAACAACGUUUACCGGUGGAAUUAGUAAGACAAGAGAGGCUUACCAGAGCAUUCACGGCAAGAGCACAUUGGGAGCUAUCUACCACAUUAACCAGCAAUCAUUUAUUGGCAGUAGUUGCUUUGGCAAAUACUUUAAUGUCAAUGAACAAUGCAACAUUUGUACCUGAACAAGAACGGAAUCGAAAAAUGCACAGGCCUGGUAAUAGAUCGGCAGUUAGUUGGAACAAAGCAGAAGAAGAAAAUGAGGAAAUUUAUACAGCACAGCAAGCACAGAUUAAACAAGGCUGGUCCCUAUUAGCGACACUACAUUGCGUGCUCCUGCCUGACAAAGUGACUGCACAAGGGGGUGCAAAGACAUUCAAGCGGCCUCAAGUCGAAAUGAUGGCACGGAGGUGGCAACACCAAUGUCUUGAGAUUCGCGAAGCCGCUCAAGCUUUGCUACUCGCCGAGUUAACUAGAAUGGGUCCAAAAGGAAGAAAAGCGCUUGUAGACAGCUGGUCGCAGUAUUUACCAAUGUACAGUACCCAAGAACCCAUUGCGCCGCAAAUACAGAACCAAAGCCCUCCGAGCUCUGGCAGUCCAGUGCCUCCAGCUGAAUCGCAUCCAGAAGAAGAAGACGAGGAAGAGGAAUUAGCAGAAGCAGAAACACAUACAGCUAGGAAACCUUCGAGUGUGGCAGAACUAAAACGAAAACAAACGACGGCGGUAGUAUUACUAGGUGUAAUUGGAGCUGAAUUCGGUCAGGAUGUUGCUACGAUGAAUCAGAGAAGGGAUCACGAUCAGAGACGAAAAAGUUCCAUCGUAGAAGGAUUUGGAAUUGGAAACAAUGAUCUUGCUAGGCAUACUAGUAUGGCACUUACGCAUCUGUUACAUGCACCACACUCUCCGAAAUUGCCCUUACACACGGCAUUACGAAGAGCAGCAAUCGAUCUCAUUGGUAGAGGUUUCACCGUUUGGGAACCUUAUCUUGAUGUAUCAAAAGUAUUAUUGGGACUUCUGGAAAUGUGUUGUGAUGCGGAUAAAUUAGUACCGAGCAUGACAUACGGCCUUCCUCUUACGCCUCAAGCAGAUACGUGUCGCACGGCACGCCAUGCGCUAACUUUAAUAGCUACUGCCAGACCGGCGGCAUUCAUCACAACAAUGGCACGAGAGGUGGCUAGGUACAAUACACUGCAACAAAAUGCGCAAACGUUAAAUGUAAAUAUGGGCGCGAGCGUACUAGCUAGAGCAAAACCAGAAAUACUCAGAAUUGUUGAGCAGUUAAUCGAUAAAAUGCAGAGUGAAAUGAGUGAUCUUUUAGUGGAGGUCAUGGAUAUUAUUUUACAUUGUUUGGACCCAGGUCAUCUGAAAACGAAACCACUGAAUGAAGUAUUUCCGGCGGUGUGUAGAUUUAAUCAAGUGAGUCAUUGUCCGGCAACGCGCAGGAUAGCAGUGGGUAGUAGAAAUGGUCAACUCGCCCUGUACGAAUUGCGAGGUAAUGUUAAAUGCCAGACCGUACCUGCGCAUUCAGGGUCUAUAACCGCUCUAGCAUUUUCACCCGAGGGCAAGUUUCUGGUUAGCUACUCUUGUAUCGAGAACAAGUUAUGCUUCUGGCAGCAAACCAGUAGUGGUAUGUUCGGUCUAGGAAAUUCGCAAACACGAUGUGUUAAGUCGUACAGUACAGCACCAAUCAAUGAUGUAGCGCGAUUAAAUCCUAUGCGACUAGCUCGACUGAUAUGGAUAAAUAAUCGAACGGUUACAUUAAUGCUUGCCGACGGAUCCGAAACGCGGUUCAACGUAUAAACUGUAAACGAGAUCCAUCCUAUUCCAGUACUGAGCAAAUAAAAAAAAGAGAAAGAAAACGCAAACAGUACAGCCAGCGGAUUCAGCCUACGAGCAGGA